GGGUUUCCGGAGUAAGAUGGCGGCCGUGCGGGUGCUGAGGAGCUGGAGUCGGAGUGCGGGGCGGAUGAUCCGUGUCCAUCAUAUUAGAUCAUGCAGUAGUAUCCACCUCGUAAAGCCAAAAUAUGCUUGCCUCUUCAGUAAGUCACCUUUCAAAUUGAGUCUUCCACGUCGACUACUGAGAACAACCGCUGCCGUAGGUGGACAGAUAGUCCAGUUUAAACUCUCAGACAUUGGAGAAGGGAUUACAGAAGUAACAGUGAAAGAAUGGUACGUAAAAGAAGGAGACACUGUAUCUCAGUUCGAUAGCAUCUGUGAAGUUCAAAGUGAUAAAGCCUCAGUCACUAUUACAAGUCGUUACGACGGCAUCAUUAGGAAACUUCACUAUAAUGUAGAAGAAAAGGCAAAUGUGGGGAAGCCAUUAGUAGAUAUUGAAACGGAAGCUGUGAAAGAUGGAGCACCUGAAGAAGAUGUUGUUGAAACCCCUGCUGUAUCCCAUGAAGAACAUACACACCAAGAGAUUAAGGGCCACAAAACACUAGCAACUCCUGCUGUUCGUCGUCUAGCCAUGGAAAAUAAUAUAAAACUGAGUGAAGUUGUUGGUACUGGAAAAGAUGGCCGCAUCCUUAAAGAAGAUAUUCUCAAUUAUUUGGCAAAGCAAACUGGUGCUAUUUUACCAUCACCAAAGUCAGAAAUUACUCCAUCUUUACCAAAACUUAGCUCAAUACAAACUCCACCAAAAGAAAAAACAAUUCCUCUUCCAAUUUCAAAGCCUGUGGUGUUCACAGGCAACGACAGAACAGAGCCUUUAUCAGGCUUCCACAAAGCUAUGGUCAAGACUAUGACUGCAGCAUUGAAGAUUCCUCAUUUGGGAUACUGUGAUGAGAUAGACCUUACGCAGCUCGUUAAAUUACGAGAAGAAUUAAAACCUCUGGCACUAGCUCAAGGAAUUAAACUGUCAUUUAUGCCCUUUUUCCUAAAGGCUGCAUCUCUGGGAUUAUUGCAUUAUCCUAUCCUUAAUGCUUCCGUGGAUGAAAACUGCCAGAAUAUAACAUAUAAGGCCUCUCAUAAUAUUGGAAUUGCCAUGGAUACUGAACAAGGGCUAAUUGUCCCUAAUGUGAAAAAUGUUCAGGUCUGUAGUGUGUUGGAAAUUGCUGCAGAAUUGAAUCGCCUACAGAAAUUGGGCUCUGCCAAUCAGCUGGGAACCACAGACCUCACAGGGGGAACAUUUACCCUUUCCAACAUUGGAUCAAUUGGUGGGACCUAUGCCAAACCAGUGAUUUUGCCACCUGAAGUAGCAAUUGGAGCUCUUGGCACAAUCCAGGCUCUGCCCCGAUUUAAUGAGAAAGGUGAAGUCUUUAAAGCACAGAUCAUGAAUGUGAGCUGGUCAGCUGAUCACAGAAUUAUUGAUGGCGCCACAAUGUCCCGCUUCUCUAACUUGUGGAAAUUCUACUUGGAAAAUCCAGCUUCUAUGCUGCUAGAUUUGAAAUAAGAAUGGUGAUCCAACUCCUCCUUGAACUUUCUGGGACUCAAAAGAAUAUAUAAAAGCCAGCUUUAUAUAUACAUAUAUAGAAGAGUGUAUAUAUAAAAGCAGGCAUUUUUUCUUCAUUACAACUGACCUUAUAUUGUGUGGAUAAGAUUCCAAGGUACAAUAUCCAUUUAUCACUAAACUGUUACAAUAUUUGUAAUUGAAAUGGUUAGGUUUAUUGUAAUUCUUCUGAGGCUGUCAAAUUUUAUAGGUCAUAAUAUAGGUUUUUUUCUAUGGUGCUGAGAAACUUUGGACUUCUGACAUCUGGCAGCCCCUAGACUGAUAUUACUUAAAACCUAAAACCCAUAUCGGCACUAUGUUUUUUGGUAAACAAACUCUUAAUGGGCUUCCCUAUUGGCUCCUCCUGGUUGGGAAAGGGAGUUUAUAUACCAGAAUUUUUUUCAACUUCCUAAUAGUCAUUAUGCAAAUUUUUGUAUUAAGUGCAUUUCUAUUUAUUGAUAGGUGCCCAAUAUAAUUUUGUUUAGUAGUCUUUCCUGGUGACAUUGGAACAGUACCUGCUAAAUAGUCAUUUGGCAUUAAGGACAGAGUAUACAGUUUACAAAAAUGUAAGCCAGGUUAUGCAGAUGGUUCCCUAAAAUAAGUGUUUAAAAAAAUUAUAUUGGUGAUUUAAAAUUCAAGGUAGACACACUAGGAACAUGUAGUAUCACCUACGUUAAGCCCAUUUUUCCAGCUAAAUGAUAUGGAAUUUCUGACUAUUACUCGAAUUGCUUAGAAGCAUUCAUUAACUUCUCUAAAAAUGGAAGACUAUGUGAUUAAAUAUAAAUCUAACCCGAAACUUAAAUUGUAUAAUCAAUAAUGUAAUUAAGAACAAUAAUUUUAAAAAUAAGCCUUUAGAAGUUUUUGUAGCCUUUAUAAUGUUUAGAUGUGUGUAUCCCCCAAUCCCAUUUCAACCUGUGACAAGUUAAUCAUUCUCAGUAGUAGUAGUGAUAGUAUUUAUUAAGGGCUUACUGUGUGCAGAGCACCGAACUAAGCACUGGGAGAGGAUGUA